GAGGUGUUAAUUUAUUUCAGGACCUUCCAGCUGGCAAACUGGGAGGCAGUGCCAUCCUGCCUCUGAAGAUCUUGACAGAGCUAAGAAAGGGGGAAAAAAAUGAAGCUAAUGUGGAACUUCCCCAGAAGGAUGACUCUGGAUUCCCCUUGAUGUGUCAUUUCCCUGGGUGCCCUGGUUCUCAGUGUCCCGAGCCAGCAGCCAGCACUGCAAUGUGGUGGUUUCAACAAGGCCUCUCUGUCCUGCCUGUGGCUUUGGUGGUUUGGUCAGCUGCAUCUUUUGUCUUUUCAUACAUCACAGCAAUCAUCCUACACCACGUGGACCCCCUGGUGCCCUACAUCAGUGACACAGGGACAAUACCUCCUGAAAGAUGCUUGUUUGGGAUCAUGUUAAAUAUUUCUGCUUUCUUGGGCAUGGCCACCAUGUACGUCCGUUACAAACAAGUUUAUGCUUUGAAUCCAGAAAAAUCCAAGAUCAUCAAGCUUAACAAGAUUGGCCUCGCCCUGGGAUUGAUGAGCUGCUUUGGACUUUGCAUUAUUGCAAAUUUCCAGAAAUGUAUCCUCUACUACAUCCACGUGGUUGGAGCCUGCCUGACGUUUGGAGUAGGGGCCAUUUAUAUGCUGGUUCAGACCACCCUGUCCUACCUGAUGCAGCCAGAAGUUCACAGCAAAGACAUCUUCUGGAUCCGUCUGGCAGUGCUACUCUGGUGUUGCUCCAGCAUUGUGAGCAUGUUUGUUUCCUCAGUUGUCUUAUACAGUGGCCUGUAUGGAACAAAUCUAGUGCAGAAGCUGCACUGGGACCCCCAGGAAAAGGGCUACACAGCUCACAUGGUCAGUACAGUCUCAGAGUGGUCAUUGGCCUUCUCCUUCCUCAGCUUUUUCCUCACCUAUAUCCGUGACUUUCAGAAGAUCUCCCUGCGUGCUGUUGUCAGCCUGCAGGGACAGACCCUGCACAACACCCCGCAGAGCUUUGGGACUGAUGAGCAGCCCCUGCUGGUCGCGGGGAGCAUCUAAUGAAGGUGAAGAGAACAAGUUCUCAGCUGAACUCAGGAAUUCCCUGGCAAGAACAGGUGACUUUUCUAAGCACUUCUUUUCUACCCAAAUGCCAUGAAGGGAUUGGGUUGUACUUGACACAAAGGGCUUCACUAUUAACCCGCCCAGCAAUGCAAACCCACCAGUGUUGUACACGAGCCUGGAACAUUUCUACACACACCAAUUGUCAUGGAAGAAUUAAAUGAAGGUUAUUAAUGA